AUGCAGCGUGGAGGACCAAAUGGGCAGAGGUUCCCGCAGAAUGGAGCGAGUUUUGAGAAUAUGCGGGAGGCCGGUAUUCGAAGACAUGCCGGUUGGGCUCCGCCGGACCAGCCGAGGCAGAAAUUCGUUAGGAAUGACGCGUCGGGUCCACCAACAAGAUCUCCAUAUCUCCCUUCUUCUACCUCAAACUCCGACGUUUUCCCAAAUCGAGCUAUAUUCUCACCCACGGAAAGGGACCGUCAAUAUGUACCCACUGCACGAGCGUCUGAAACGUGGAGAACUGCCACCGAACCUUUACGUCCAAAUAGGGUCAGCGAAUCUCCUACGUUCAAGUGGGACCAACGAACCUCUACGUCC